AGUAUUACCAGAGUCCUUCAAUACUUUUCUGGUCACGAAACUUCUCCGUAACGCUAUGGGAGAGCUUCAUAUGGGGACCAAAGCUCCCGCGCGGUGGCGCUACGAGUCUGGUGAAGGCGGCUUGGACGGCGGCGGCCGCAUUUGCAGUGCGUUGGAGCGCGAGCCUACUGGUUUGUUUGUUGUGUGGUAUAGCUUUCUACACUCAUCACGGACGGCAAUAUAUGUGAACUACCAUGCCUCUGACGUGCUGCGUACCUGGUUGCCGCUCUGGCUAUCGGAGUUGUACGGAAAAAGCUUCGCUGUUCUGCCUCCCAAGCGACCGCGAACAACGCGACAGGUGGAAGCGAGCCAUUCCACGACAGGAGACGGGCGCUUUCAACUUCGAGUCGAAGGCCGUUCGUGUGUGCGAGAAACAUUUCGACACCACGGACAUUAUUCGAGCCGAUGAGUUCAGAAUAAGUGGACAAUCUGUGCUUCUGCAGCGCGAGAAGCCUAAGCUCCGCGUCGGUGCCAUACCCCGGAUAUUUGAAAACCUGCCGGCGUAUCUUACGAAGCCCAAGCCACGGUCGCGCUCACAGCGAGAAAAUCCGCCUGCAAAACGUCGUCGCGUUUCGUCGCCGAACAACGAUGGCACUGCAGCUUCUGUGAGCUCCAGCACAGAGCCCUGCGAUCCUGAAGCAGCCGGAGAUGAUGGUGGAGCGAUAAACACUGGAAGCUGCACAGAGACGGCAUGCCAGACAGAGGGAAAUGUCUGCUCCAUCUCAGAGCUCCACGCAGUUAAAGACCAGCUUCGAAGCACUAAGCAGCAACUUCGUUUGUGCCAAGUGAAGAUUGCGAAAUUGACGGCGCAAGCGAAUAGGAGCAGAAGAUCGCACCAAGACGUUCAGAAGCUUUCGGCUCGCGAGAAGCUCAUUUUUGACCACUGGCUCAUGAAAGCCAACGCGAAGUCUGCAACAGCUGCGCGGUAAGUUCCAAAUACCCCAUCACACAGUAACAUUGCUAUUGGAUUGCCCCUUUUGCGUUUCAAAAUGUUAUCUCAAGGUGUAACCUUCAUUUAUUCAUCAUGUAUUUGUAUCUGUUGUACCGCAAAACAAUAUGCUAUUGAGGCAGACAUUGGUUUGGCCGUUUUGUUUUGUGUAGUGUUAUUUCUAAUUUCGGGAAAAAUUGCAGGUUUGUUUGGGCAAAUAUACUGUCUUCAGUUUUUAUAACACCA